AUGGUACUGUCAGCCCUCCUGCUUCUCACAGUCCUUAUUGGCCUCUUGCUACUCUGGGGUCACCCAGCCUCCCGGGGCCGCCUUCCUCCAGGACCUUGGCCUCUGCCCUUCCUGGGGAACAUUUUGCAAAUAGACCACCAGGGCUUUCUCAAGACCUUCCAGGCGGAGAAAAUACGGGACGUCUUCACAGUCUACCUGGGACCCCGGCCUGUUGUCAUCCUGUGUGGGUACAAGGCAGUGAAGGAGGCUCUGAUGGAUCAAGCUGAAGCUUUCUCUGGCCGAGGGCACAUUGCCAUCAUUGAUCCCAUCCUCAGGGGAAAAGGUGUGGUCUUUGCCAGUAGAAAGUCUUGGAAAGCCCUUCGGCAAUUCUCUCAGCUCACCAAGGACUUUGGGAUGGGGAAGCAGAGCAUUAAGAAGUGAAUCCAGGAGGAGGCUCAGUGUCUGGUGAAGGAGCUGCAGAAAUCCCGGGCAGCCUAUCCGGAUCCCACCUUCGUCGUUUACUCCAUGGCUAACAUCAUCUGUACCAUCAUCCUUGGCCAGCGCUUUAAUUACCAGGACCCCAGAUUCCUACAGUUGCUACAUUUAAUGAAAGAUCUCUCCGAUCUUGCUAGCUCUUUCUACGGCCAGAUGUUUGAACUCCUCUCCGGCAUCCUGAAACACUUUCCUGGCAUCCACACUCGCGUGCACAGCAAAAUUAAAGAAAUGGAAGAUUUUAUCACUGAGAACAUCGAGAGGCAUAGGGAAAUGCUGGACCCCAGCACUCCGAAGGACUUCAUUGAUUCCUUCCUGGUCCACAUGGACAAGGAGCGCUCUGAUCCUGAGAGUGAGUUCCACUAUAAGAACAUUGUCUACACGGUUCUCUUGCUGUUUUUCGCCAGCACGGAGAGCUCCAGCAACACUCUCUUGCGUGGGUUUCUACUCCUUCUUAAGAACCCUGCAUUUUUAGAGAAAGUCCAGAUGGAGAUUGACAGAGUGAUUGGCUCACACCAUCUCCCAGCCCUUGAAGAUCGGGCAAAAAUGCCUUAUACAGAUGCUGUCAUCCAUGAAAUUCAGAGAUUUGGUGAUGUCAUCCCCCUUGGUAUUCCCCACUCAGUCAUCAAGGACACUCACUUCCAGGGAUAUCAUCUCCCUAAGGACACUACUGUGUAUCCCAUCUUGAGCUCUGUCCUCCAUGACCCAUGCCACUUUGAGAAGCCAGAAGCCUUCCACCCUGGCCACUUCCUGGAUGCAGAGGGCAACUUCAGGACACAGGGGGACUUUAUCCCAUUCUCCCUGGGAAGACACCUCUGUCUGGGUGAGAGCCUGGCCCGCUCUGAGCUCUUCCAGAUCUUGACCUUGGUGCUGCAGAACUUCACCAUGGGCUCUCACAAGGCCCUGGAAGACAUUGACAUCAAGCCCCAGAGGAACGGGCUGGUGAAAAUGCCCCCUGAGUUCCAGCUCUGCUUCCUGCCCCGCCAGGGAGUGGGACCAGGGAUGCAGAUCCUCUCAGAGCCCUUCCAUCCAGCCCCCACCUCUGCCCACAGGGAAUCCGCGGAGGCAUCCUGA